UCCCUUCCCCUCCUUUUCCCCCACCCCGCACAUUCUUCUCAUCCCCCUCCUUUUCUCCUCCACUCCGUUCCUUAAACAAAGAGAGAAACAGAGGAAUCGAGAGCAGAGAGAGAAACAGGGGAGGAGGCGUAGAAGAAGAACUAGAAGAAAAACUAGAUGGCGGACUGGGGCCCAGUGUUCGUGGCGGUUGUCCUCUUCGUCCUCCUCUCGCCGGGCCUCAUCUUCCAGAUCCCCGGCAAGAGCCGGGUGGUCGAAUUCGGCAACCUCCAGACCAGCGGCGCCGCCAUCUUGGUCCACUCCAUCAUCUACUUCGGUCUCAUCGCCAUCUUCGUCCUCGCCGUUGGCGUUCACAUGUACGUUGGCUCUUAGGAUAUCAAAUUCCUUUUGGAAAAUGAUCCCAUUUUGGAAGUGAACUCCUAUGGGGUUUCUUGGUUCAGUGCAAAGUUAGAUCCUUUUUGUGUUUUUGAUGGGGCUGAUGGCCUCUGUUUCUAUAAGCAAACAGUUAUUGUUUGUAGAAAUCUAGUUAUAAUGAGGUGCAAUAAUGGUGUAUCAUCAUGAUUUUUAUAUUGUUAUAUUCUGAUCUCUAUCUCCUCAUAUCCACCCAAAAAAAAAGGGGAAAAAUCUCAAUUUGGUAGUAACUUUGAAUAGCUCUCUCAGUUCGCUGUAAAAUUGAUUCCUUUGAGUUCUUGAUGACUUGUUUAUAUCAGUCAAAUGGUAAGUUUCUAUUUUGUUUGUAAA